AUGCUGAUCACCGUGUACUGUGUGAGGAGGGACCUCUCCGAGAUAACCUUCUCUCUCCAGGUCAGUCAUGAUUUUGAGCUUCACAACUUCCGGGUACUCUGUGAGCUUGAGUCUGGCAUUCCAGUUGAAGAGACUGAGAUAAUCUAUAUGGAGCAACUUCUUGAUGAUGACCAGUGUUCCCUGGGUUCCUAUGGCCUAAAAGAUGGUGACGUUGUAGUCUUACUUCAGAAGGAGAAUUUGGGAUCUCGACCUCCAGGACGAAUAUCAAACCAGCCUCGAGUAGAUUUAAGUGGGAUAGCCAUGCCUGGAACAUCCCGUUCCCGCCAACAGCAGCAGCAACGUGUACAAGUAGCCCAACAGGCCCAAGCCUUGGCUUCUGGAGAGAAGGUUGUAUCUUCUCAAGGUUUGGACAGUCCAGCCUUGAUCCGAAGCAUGCUGCUUUCCAAUCCUCAUGACCUGUCCCUGCUGAAGGAGCGCAAUCCUCGCUUGGCAGAAGCUCUGCUCAGUGGAAAUCUUGAAACAUUUUCUCAAGUCCUAAUGGAGCAGGAAAGGGAGAGGACCCUGAAAGUGCAAGAGAGGCUUCACCUCUAUUCUGCUGAUCCAUUUGAUCUGGAAGCACAGGCCAAAAUAGAAGAAGAAAUCCGGCAGCAGAACAUUGAAGAAAACAUGAACAUAGCAAUGGAAGAGGCGCCCGAGAGUUUUGGACAAGUGGCAAUGCUUUAUAUCAACUGCAAAGUGAAUGGACAUCCUUUGAAGGCUUUUGUUGACUCUGGUGCACAGAUGACCAUCAUGAGCCAAGCUUGUGCUGAGAGAUGUAACAUAAUAAGGCUGGUGGACCGACGAUGGGCUGGGAUUGCUAAAGGGGUGGGCACACAGAGGAUUAUUGGCCGCAUCCAUCUAGCUCAGAUUCAAAUUGAAGGUGAUUUCUUGCAAUGCUCUUUCUCAAUAUUGGAGGAGCAGCCCAUGGACAUGCUUCUAGGAUUAGAUAUGCUCAAGAGACACCAGUGUUCCAUUGACUUGAAGAAAAAUGUGCUUGUGAUUGGUACCACUGGCACACAGACGUUCUUUCUUCCUGAGGGAGAGUUACCCCCGUGUGCUAAGUUGGUAAGUGUUACAGGGCAUGAAGAAUCUUCAGAUAAGGAAGUGGCUAAUCCUAUUAAAAAACCAGUCAUGGAUUCAGGAUGGAAAAAGAAUUGA